UUUUCUGAUUAGAAGUGACAAAAAUGACUGAAUAAAAUUCGAGAGAACAACAAUAAAAUCAAGACAUUGUCUGCCUUUACUUUAUUAUUUUAAAAAGGGGGGAAAUUGGUCUUUAAUUCAUGUGUUCAUUCAUUUUAAAUGGACAGAUGUGUCCAGUCCUUUAACUGCUACGGUACAUGCAGAUGGUAACAGCCCAGCGUAGAUACAAACAGAAUUUUUGCAGAAGGGCUAAACCUUUUAGAUUUAAGAAGCUGCAGAAGACAGAGCUACACAUAUGAUUUGAUGUGGGCCACCCCUGAAGAGAAAACCCAAAGUAGAAAGAUGAAACAAAGAAAUUUACAUAUUUAACAGUGUGCAGAUUAGCAGCAGUAUUACUGAGAGCAGCAGGUGGAGCUAAUAUCCUUCACUUUUCUGCACAUUUGUGGAAAAUAUUACAGUAAUGUACAUGGAAAGCUGCAAUGUUGGGUCUGCAUCAAAAAAUGUUACUGGUCCAGGACUGAAACCAAUAUGGUGACGACAGAUACUGAUGUAAUUUGGGUCUUCAACUGAGGAAGGGAAGUCUGAUCAUCAGUGAGGUAUUACUGGGAAACUUAUCAUGAUUUUCAUAUAGAAGCACCACCCAAAUAAAUAAGUGUGUUUUCUGUAUGACAGGAGAGACACGAAGGCCUUUGGAAAUGUGAGUAAAAGCAGAUUACAUGAAGAAGACAGAUAAUCUUAAAUGUUUUAAGAAACUGAACGAUUCAAACCUAUCAGGUUCUCCUGUCAGCUUCAACAUAACAGAAUCAUAAAAGAAAGAAUAAAAAGUGAGGAGAAAGUGUGAUGACGACAGUACGACAUUACAACAAACCAUAAAUGUCCCUGCUGUAAUGAUUAAACGGAGCAAGGACAAAGCCCACAUCCUGAUGGGAUUGAUCUCAUAGCAGAUUAGUUACUGAAAGCAAAGGUUCCUUCCUUCUUACAUGAUUCCAGAAUUAGACAUUUCAGACACUUCAGCGGUGAGGAUGGUGAGUUCUAGACAACAGUAUGUGGUGUCCAGACCCGUUUACUCUGAGGACAGCUUCGCUGAAGAUCAUGAGAGGAUUCAAAGAAAACACAGAACCCUGCUGGACCACGGCAAAGAUUAUCUGACCAGCUGUGAUGCCAAACGUGCCAAAAGGACACUCCUCUCAUUUCUGCCUGUGAUUGGUUGGCUGAGGACUUACAGAUUUAGAGAGUGGCUGCUGGGGGAUGUGGUGUCUGGAGUCAGCACUGGACUGGUGGCCAUCAUGCAGGGACUUGCCUUUUCUCUGCUGGCCUCGCUGCCUGUGAGCUACGGUCUCUACACAGCUUUCUUCCCAGUGUUAACAUACUUUUUUCUUGGCACUUCAAGGCACAUAUCUAUAGGCUCCUUCCCUGUCUUAAGUCUGAUGAUUGGGGCUGUGGUGACCCGCCUGGUCCCUGAAGAAGGACCACAUGCAAAUAUCACAGACUUUGAAGGUCUAAGCCAAGACCAGCGUAGAGUCCUGGUGGCCUCCUCUGUGACAUUCCUCAUGGGGAUAUUGCAGCUUUCGAUGGGCAUCCUGCAGGUGGGCUUUAUCGUUGUAUACCUGUCAGACACCCUGGUGUCUGGUUUUACCACAGCAGCUGCUGUCCACAUCCUGGUAUCACAGCUCAAGUUUGUGUUGGGGUUGAGUGUUCCUGGAUUCAGCGGUCCACUUUCUAUCAUAUAUACAUUAGAAAGUAUCUUUGUUCAGAUCACCUCCACCAACAUGUGUGACCUGGUGAUGUCCAUAGUGAUAAUGGUGGUGGUUUUUAUUGUGAAGGAGUUAAACGACAGAUACAAACCCAAGCUGCCUGUUCCCGUACCCAUAGAGGUGAUCAUGACCAUCAUAGCCUGUGCGGUUUCCUACAGCUUCAACUUUGAUGAGAGGUAUAAUGUUGAUGUUGUGGGCCGUAUGAUAAGUGGAUAUGAGUCUCCCAUUUCACCGAGUGUGGCGAUCUUUCAGGAGAGUGCCGUAGAGGCCUUCUCUAUAGCCAUGGUGGGAUUCGCUGUGGCCUUUUCUGUUGCUAAAGUCUACUCCAUCAAACAUGAUUACACCAUAGAUGGCAACCAGGAGCUCGUUGCAUUUGGGGUCAGUAAUAUAUUUGGAGCAAGCUUCAGGUCAUUUGCAGCCAGCACAGCUCUCUCUAGAACUGCGGUUCAGGAGAGCUCGGGAGGAAAAACACAGGUGGCAGGGCUGAUCUCCGCUAUGAUGGCCAUGAUUGUAACAGUGGCACUCGGCUUCCUGUUGGAGCCACUUCCCAGGUCUGUACUGGGAGCACUGGUGAUAGUCAACCUGAAGGGGAUGCUGAUGCAGUUCAGGGAAAUAGUAUACCUGUGGUGGAGGGACAAGCCAGAAUGCGUGGUUUGGGUGGCAACAUGCCUGGGCGCCAUCCUACUUGGACUGGAUCUUGGUCUGGCCUUAGGUUUGGGCGUGGAGCUGCUUACUGUCAUCUUCAGGGCUCAAUUCCCCCGAUGUUCCACUCUGGCCAGCAUCCCUGGGACCGACCUGUACAGAGAUCGCAAAGAUUAUGAGCAGACAUUUGAACCAAAAGGAGUAAAAAUCUUUCGGAUACCUUCACCAAUCUUCUUUGCCAACAUUGAGUUCAUCAAGACCAAGCUUGUAGAAGCUGUUGGGUUUAACCCCCUGAGGGUUUUGCGGAAGAGGAACAAGUUAAUCAGAAAAAUAAAGAAACAGUUGCAGAAGAAAGAUAAGGACAUUACAGAGAAAGGAAUAAUGGAUUUGUUCUACACAUCCCCUGAUGGCUUUAAAGUGAUGAUGGAAGAGCUGGAUUUGCCGUCAGAUCUAAGGGACCUUCCAUUUCGAGUAAACUGGAAUGCUGAACUUCCUUCUGACAUCAGUGCUCCCAGAGUGGAUCUCCACAGUCUGAUCCUGGACUUCUCUGCUGUCUCCUUCUUGGACAUUUCUGCUUUGAAAGGACUCAAAUCGGCACUCAAAGAGUUUAUCCGGAUUCAGGUUGAUGUUUACAUAGUUUCUUGUGAUGCCUUCAUCCUGGAGAAGCUGCACAGCUGCAUGUUUUUUGAUGAUGAGAUUCUGACCUCCAUGUUUUUCCCUACCCUACACGAUGCCAUGCUGCAUGUAUAUGAGAAACAAAGACAUGGCCAAAGUAAAGCCUGGGUGGUAAGGAACUCAUCACUUGACCUUUUCCCAGCCUACAUUUUCCCCACACCAGUUGUUUAAGGUCGCUGCUGUCCAUUUAGUCUAGAACAUUUUGGUGUUCAGUGUAGUUUAGGUGCAGAUGUAGCUGCAGAACUAACCCAAACCCUCAUGCCUCCACCACCAUGCUGACUGUUUAUCAGCUAGGAAUUUAACGUGUUAAUUACAAAUAAUUAAUUAGAAAAAAAAUAACACAUAAAAAAUGAUGGCUUGAGCCCGAGCACCGUCCAGUUGGGGGUCGAAAAAGUUUUGCAUCAGAAUUAAUGCCUAUAUGUCAAUAAAUAUCAUCAAGCUGCACCUCUAAAAUACUGCAGAGCCUGAGCUACAAAACCAUAUAAACCUUUUUUAUGUGCUCCAAACACAACUAAAACUGCAAUUGAAUUAACCAGGACACAUCGCUCUUCAUGAAAGAAAGAAAGAAAGAAAGAAAGAAAGAAAGAAAGAAAGAAAGAAAGAAAGAAAGAAAGAAAGAAAGAAAGAAAGAAAGAAAGAAAGAAAGAAAGAAAGAAAGAAAGAAAGAAAGAAAGAAAGAAAGAAAGAAAGAAAGAAAGAAAGAAAGAAAGAAAGGUUAUGUUUUAUUGUAGGUGGACACAUUGUCCAUGUGAACUUUAUUACAGCAGAAGGGACUUACUGUAUGUAUGUAAUUUCUCUGAACCUACUAUGUUCUGACCUUGAGGUUUAACAUCCACUUGUAAAAUGGUAAAUAAAAAAUGGUAAACGGCCUGUACGUAUUUGAUAUAGCGCCUUCUAGAGUCCUGGGGCCUCAGUCAUCAAACGUUCAUAGAAAGAUUCCUAAAUUAAUUCCUAUGAACGAAAUUUAGAAAGUUUGUAGCCUACAAAUGGUCCAAAUACUGAUUUAUGAAACAUACGGUGGCCUCCUGUACUCACGUUCCUCGCACUCAUCUGAUGAUAAAUCCCACCUGUGCGUACUCAGGUGCUCAUGUCCGUUCUCAGUCAGUUACAUACAGAAACGCCCUCAGUUAACCAUUUUUGGUCACGCUGCUUCAUCAACAUGUGAGGGAAUUGCCUGAGUUCUACCCGGAAAAAAGAAAGAAAACUUUGUUGCAAGGUCGAGUCGAGACACUGGCUGCCGAAGUUGCAUACAUUUUGAAUGUUCAUGUUUUUCUUCAAUAAUUAAUCAAAUGUAUAAUCUGUUCUGAUUGGUCGGAUUUGAAAAUUUGUAUUACCUGGUAAAGAGUAAAUCAUUUUAUGUCCUCAUUCCUAUAGCCCUAACACUGAAAAUAGAAGGUCUUGCUGAUAACAUAGAGCAGGUCAAAGGUUAAUUUGCAGGGCACUGAUUUGUCAUAUUCUGGUUACAGAGUGAGCACAUUUUAAGGUGUAUGAAGUAACGCAUCGUUUGAAUUAUUUAAAGCUAAUUAGUCAAAUAUUCAUCCAUUCAUCCAUUGUCUGUACCCGCUGUGUCCACAUAGGGUUGCGGGGGUGCUGGUGCCUAUCUCCAGCGGUCAUUGGACAGUCAGGCGGGGUACAGCCUGGACAGAAAGCCAGUCCAUCGCAGAUUAGUCAAAUAUGUGUGGUGUAUAUAUAUUGUCACAAUGGUUUAACAUUAGUUUUGUGUCUUUUUUUAUUGCAGUUAAAAAAUACCAAACUAUAAAGGACCAAUUUCCUCCUGGGACAUCGGAUCAUGACAAACAUUUUUAAUAAAAUCAUUACAGUUAAAAAUGUGUAUGCAUCAUCUGAAUCUUCAGUUCAACUUAUUUACCGACGCCGCUGUGCAACACUCUGGUUCUUUAUUUGCUGCAAAUGUUUAGAUGUUUGAAUCUGUAAUUUUUCUUAUUGCAUUGCAGAUAUUUGGGUGUUUGCUGGUUACACUCUUCUGUAGUUUCUAUUUCUGAAAUUGAUUGCAAUAAAUUCUGAAUAUUAUAGUAAAAUAAUUACGUUUAAGAAGAUGAUUUAAAAGUGUUCCAAAUGGAGUUUAUGUCCUUCCCACCUAAAGUUUAAAAUGUAUAUAACUAUUACAAUUUAUACAAUAAAUAUAAUUUGGCUUAGUAAAAAACAAGGGUGAUUGGGACUUGACAACCAUUAUGAACCCUACAUAUACUCUGCUUGUGUGGUGGUAGCCUACAGUUGACGGUACUGCUGCAAGGUUAGACACCUGCUGUGGAAGUUGUGUAUCUUGUAUUUGUUUUCUGUGGUUCGUUUCCUCCCACAGACAAAAUAAACAUGUAUAUCACUU